AUGGCUAGUAAGUUCCACAUCUUCUUGCUGGCAGUUGCAUCAGCUUCGGUAGAGGCCUUCUAUCCUACUACACACUCGUCUUCCCCUGUGAGAGGAGGGAGAGAACUAUACAUGAACAAUAAGUCGACGACGACGAAGAAGAAAGGCAAGUCUUCUGGACAAGGCUUUGGUGGAGCCAUGGGAAUGACGACAAAAUCAUCCUUCCCAUACGCUGGGAGCAUUGUUCCUGGAAUCAUUUCGGAGCAGAGAAUAGUAGUAGAUGAGAAAAUUGUCUCACCAAGCUACGCACGGGAUGGAAUUCCAAAGGAGAAGUCGCCUGCACUUUUGCCUUGGAUUAUUGAAGUCAAAACCGCCGAUGAAAUCGAGAAAAUGAGAGCCGCAGGAAAAUUGGCCAGGGAGGUCCUCGAUCUCGCAGGGCGCGCUGUCGCUCCAGGAGUUACAACGGAUGAGAUUGACACUAUUGUCCACGAGGCAGUAGUUAAGGCUGGAGCUUACCCCUCUCCACUCAACUACCAUGGGUUUCCCAAAUCCUGCUGUACCAGCGUGAAUGAGGUCAUUUGCCAUGGUAUCCCGGACUCGCGUAAACUGGAGGAAGGCGAUGUCAUCAAUCUUGAUAUCACAACGUACCUAGACGGUUACCAUGGGGACUGCAGUGAAAUGUUUGUUGUCGGUGAAGCAUCGCCAAGGACCAAGAAAUUGCUUCAGAGUACUUAUGAUUGCUGGAUUAAGGCAUGCAACUCUGUGAAACCAGGAAGGGACUACAAGGAGAUCGGUGCAAUUAUUGAAGACCAUGUUACUGCCGACGGUUUCACAACUGUGCGAAAUAUCUUUGGACAUGGAAUCGGUAGCACUUUUCACACAACGCCCGAUAUUUUGCAUUAUCGCAACAAUGAGCCCAAUGGUCAAAUGGCUGCUGGACACACAUUCACUAUUGAACCAAUGAUCUGUGAAGGAUCGGCAAAGUUUCUUAACUGGCCCGAUGGCUGGACAAUUACGACUGUUGAUGGAAAGAACUCUGCGCAAUUUGAACAUACGUUAUUGAUAACCGACGAUGGCGUCGAGGCACUCACUGCCAAAAACGAGAACUCCAAACUUCAAUUUUGGGAAAAGGAAUCAGAAGUUCACAAAGGACUUUGGGUUGGCACUUCGAAAGCUGCAAAGAAACGUGCUGCUGAAAUCAAUGGUGUAAUUCCUCUCCGUCCAACUAGUAGACUAUGUGUUGUAGCCAAAGUCUCUGCGCAUGAACCCUCAAGUCUUAAAAGUUGA